AUGAAGGGAAAUUUGGAGUUACUACGGGAGACAGCUUCGCCCAUGUUUUUGUGUACUAACCGUUAUUCGUACAUCAUGAGGGUGACAUUAAGACGUUUAGCACGCUACAUGCUGUUAACUUUACCUGUGUGUGGCUACCUCGCAGUAGUGUACGUGUUCAACUACGAACCGUGCUAUCGACUAGAAAACAACAACAACGGCUAUAAGAGGAUUGCUAAACCUGUGUCUGUUGUUCUACAAGAGCGGAAUUAUAUCUCUCGUGACCAACGCGCUAAUUCCAACCGUGGAGACAGUUUAACAGACAAUUUGUGGAAUUCCAGACGAUUAAUUAAUUCAAGUCCCAGUAAACGACUAUCGAGGAAAAUUUCCCAAGACGCAAACUUUCCAGAGUUCGUCGAUUCGUCUGAUAGUCGACCAGUCGAAGACACUCAUACGGCCCUGGAGGGACACUUAAAUAGCAAAGAGUUUGAUGCUAUGCUAGAAGGUGUGCAAAACCCUUACUACUUUGAUUGUUCGAACAUUCAUCUUAUCCGACUUCGUAAGAAAGUAGGGGAAGGUGUAUCCAAACAGACGUACCUUGGUGACUACAACGGUCACCAGGUGGCGGUAAAAAUGGUCACGCGACACCAAGCCGACGUGCGGAAGUGUCUGAUGGAUUUGAAGCAGACGAUGUCAGAGAGCGGUCAACUUUCACCGGGCUCGGAACCACCGCAAUCGGAUAGGGCCAAAUGUUACAUUUUCCCAACGAUGAAACUUAUGAAGGAAACUUUAAUUUUACAACAAUUAAACCAUCCUGGCAUUGUGAAACUUCUGGGGUUUUGUGUCCGGAGUGAAGAAUCUGAGGCCUCGGAUUUGUCAGAGCACGGUGUCAUUGUGAUUGAGGAGUACGCUAGUCGGUUCAUGAUUAGCGGACUUCAGGUUCUGCCCUGGCAGAAAAGAUUAAAACACGCUCGAGAUUUAGCCAGCUUGUUGUACUACUUGGAACAUUCGCCACUGGGAUCUUUAAAAGUCCCCGACUUCAAAGAACCACAUUUUCUAAUGAAAAAUGGUACGAUUAAGCUGACUGAUUUUGAUGACGUCAGCAACUUGGAGCCUCCGUGCGCUGCGUCUUACGUGCGUUCACGUGACGGUUCGUCAGGUCACAAGAGUUCACGUUCUACGUGUGAGUUUGAUUUGCCUUGUCAAAUGGCAAUGUGCGUGGGGAGAAAUGCAAAAAUUAAUUUAAAAAAUACGAGAAAGUUGUUUUUUAAAAGACUUCUUUUGCCUGGAUCGUUUCCUGAGGAAAUUGCUGAUGAUAUUGCGGCGUUAAAUAUAAAACUUGACAAUCUAUCAACUGACGCCGAGGAACUGUACGUUAGGCUCACGCACUUACUGGAAACACCGGUAUUAGAGGACAUAGACAGGUAA